UUUAGAUAGUAUGAUGGCGGUAUAAAGUUAACACACAAAUAGAUCUAGUAACAGCGAUAUUUUAAAUUUAAUAUGCAUCAGAUUAAAACAUGCAAAAUAGAUGGUGGUAACAUGGAGGAGGAGCAGUCCACAGAGAGUGUUUGGCCCCAGCUGCCGUUUCAAAUCCUAAUUGACAUCGUUAAGAACCUGAGCAACCGGGACAAGUUUAACGCUGCCCUGACGUGUAAGGCGUGGGUUCCACUCCUAGACAUACCUGCCUUGUUUACCACGGGGCAUUUCCUGUUCCCGUUGGGUGACGUCAAGAGUGCGCUGACGUUUGCAAGGGCACGAGGAAAAUGGCUACGUCACGUCUACGCUGAUUGUUCAGAGUUAGCCUAUGGCAACGAGGAUUCAUCAGUUAUUGAUGCAAUGUACCAGUUGGUGGCCAGUCUUCUUCACAGUGGGAACAAAAAACUAGAAAGAAUUAGCUUUAAGGACCUGACGCUUUUGAAUAAAUGGUACGGUGGAAAAAGAAGAACCCUGGCAGACUUCUUAAAAAUUAUAUCGACACUGAUCGAAACACAGCAGAAUCUAAAGGAACUGGAUCUCACUAAUGCUGGAUUAGACGCUGAUGAAGGAGGUCAUCUGUUGAGAGAGGUCAGCAGAACCUGCGCUAAAAAUCUACACAGACUGGCAAUCGACAGGUUUAUAAAAUUCGAUAACCUAUCGAAUUUAACCCCAUUUCAUUCUGCUCUCUACAGUUUUGAAAGUUUGAAAGAGCUAGAGAUCAGUUAUGAUUUUUUGAGCAACAAAUUUUUGAACGAUCUGACUAAAUCGUCCAAGAGCAGUUUGCGCUUGCAAGUGUUAAAAAUGCGGGCCAUAUAUACAGCUGACGCCCAUCGUAACACCAGCCCUCACGUUUGGCGGAAGCUCAAAGCGUCAUUUCCUGAUCUCAAAGUAUUUUUUUUUCUCAAACCGGAAAGUCUAUCAACGGAGUCCUAUUACGACGAAUUACCUCUAGCUAUUUUAACCCCAUGUAUGCCCCUGCACGGGAUGCAUUGGAACUGUGGCAGCAUAAUAUCCAUUGGGAACAUCAUCCAAGGCUUGAAGUAUGUCGCUGCUAAAUUUAAGAAUUCUCUACAUUGUAUGGACUUGACAUCAGAAGUUCGCCUAGGCAAGGAAGACAUUGGUGAAAUUUUCAAAAGUUUACAAGUGUGUUCACGUCUCGAGACCUUUGCUCUACGUCUGCCUUGUGAUUUAAAAACAGACGAACGGGACUACAAACUAGCGCUUUCAGAGGUCAAGACCCAGCACAACGCGACCUAUGUCGUUACCUUUAAUGGUCAGAAAGUAUAGGACAUUGUAGGCCUACACGUUAUUGAUGUAUGGUUUGUUGAAGCUUUGGAUAUUUGGUUGAUUGCCUCACAGUGUAGACAAUCACAGUAUUUUAAUACCCACAUAACUGCAGAAUACUAUGUUGGUGUAGGUGUGCUUGUGAAAAGUAUAUUAAAGGAUGGUGUCUUUUGUUGUGAAUGAGAGAUGUAAUGUUAGUGAAGAGAUUGGUAAAAAUGAAAAUUCUUAAAACAGCAACCUAAACAUUAAUCUAUAAAUUUUUUUAGAUGAAACUUAGAGAGCACUAAAAUUGUUUUGUAUUAAUUAAGCCACUGCUUUUUAGUUUAGAUAAAAAUAACCACACUUUUAACACAAAUUAACAUCGUGAUGUUAUUACAUAUAUUUCCGUGAAAAUUUAGAUAGAAUAAAAGGUUUUUUUUCUUCUCACAUUUUCGACGAAUUACCGUAAUUAUACCUCCUCGAACAUUACUUAUACAAAAUGCGGAGAGGGUGUAAUGAAACUUACAGUAAACUAUAUAUCAAAAGUUUAUAGCUUUUCAAAAUAAAUG